AUGAGUUUUUAUGAUGCAAUAAAUUACGUAGUAUUUACAAACCCACUGAGUGCAACUGCUGGACAAUUAGCUAAAUCAACAGCAGACGCUAUCGUUAGUUACUCAGGAUUAACUCCGAAAGUUGAAUACAAAAUGAUCCCUCCAGAGCCUUUAUGGAAAUUAGCCGCUUCGUCUGGCCCAUUUAUUAGGCUUGCUGGUAUUAAUGGAGCCGCUGCUGUUAUCCUCGGUGCCUAUGGCGCUCACAGAAAGUUUCCCGAUGAUAAUCUGAAACAAGUAUUUGAAACUGCUAAUCGCUAUCACUUUUAUCAUGCACUCGCCAUGCUUGGAUUAUCUCUGUGCCGUGCCCCGAUGAUCACUGCAGCAUUUUGGUUAUCAGGAACCAUGAUGUUCAGCGGAAGUUGUUACUACUAUGCAUUUACUGGAGAUAAGCGUCUGAGUAAAAUAACUCCCUUUGGAGGAACAUGUUUUAUUCUUGGAUGGUUAACUAUGUGCAUUUAA